CAUGACAUUUAAAGACUCGGACUCACAAGAUUUGAAGACAGUUGCACUGAAAACGGGUUUCUUCUUAGAAACGGUGUAAUUCUCAUUUUCACCUUAAGGAUGUGUAACUGACGGCAUCCAGAGAGGCUGUGGGGAAAGAGGACUGUGAGACUGUCCUGUGGUCCUGCUCGCAGAUUCAGUCCUAAUUUCUUGCGGAUUCAGUUCCCAGCGUGCGAGUCUCGCGCUUCUGUUUAUCGAGGAAGAGUCAUGGAUAAUUAAUAAACAUGCAAACCACUGGAUUAAUUUGAUUCAUAUGGUUCUGUGGUUGAACUUAAAGGAUUCGUCGGUGGGAAUAAUUAUCCAUAUUUCCAGCCUGGCUGGUGAGAGGAGGACUGUUGCAAUGUCAUCCCAUUCAACAUCGUUGGAGCUUUGUGGAAGAGGGAUGCUGGAAUGAAGUCGAGCACUAUGGGGUUUUCCAGGUUGGUUCUUCUGACUCUUCCAGCUCUCCUUACCCUCAUCAACGUCUCGCAUGCGGCAGAGAAAGUGCCCAUACUAAACAUUGCCGUGAUCCUGGGUCAAACACGCUACAUCUCCGAUAGAGAUAUACGGGCUCUGUGGAGCAAAGAUGAUCCCAUUGACGUCAACGUGGUGACCCUGCUGGUGAAUGAAACGGACCCCAAAAGUAUCAUUACCCAUGUGUGCGAUCUCAUGUCUGGGACUAAAAUCCAUGGGGUGGUGUUUGGGGACGGCACGGACCAGGAAGCCAUCGCCCAGAUUUUGGAUUUUAUUUCCUCUCAGACUUUGAUACCCAUUCUGGGGAUCCAUGGCGGCUCAUCCAUGAUCAUGGCAGAUAAGGAUGAAAAAUCUACAUUCUUCCAGUUUGGGGCCUCCAUCCAGCAGGAGGCUCUGCUCAUGCUCAACAUUAUGGAAGAGUACGACUGGCAUGUCUUCUCCAUAGUGACCAGCAAGUUCCCGGGCUACCAGGAUUUCAUUGCCAUCCUGAAGACCACGGUCGACAACAGCUUUGUCGGUUGGGACCUCCAGCACACCAUCACCCUGGAUGCCGUAGACGGGGACUCCAGGACCCAGAUCCAGCUGAAAAAGGUGCAGUCUCCAGUCAUCCUUUUGUACUGCUCAAAGGACGAAGCGGCUUACAUCUUGGAGGAGGCCCGGUCACUGGGCCUGACCGGUUUCGGGUACAUCUGGAUUGUACCCAGCUUGACCACGGGCAACCCAGACAUCACUCCAGAUUCGUUCCCCUCUGGAAUGAUCUCUGUAUCCUACGAUGACUGGGACUAUCCUCUUGAGGCACGGGUUCGAGAUGGGCUUGGGAUUAUAACCACGGCAGCUGCAGCCAUGUUGGAAGAGUUUGGGGACAUCCCGGAGGCCAAAACCAGCUGCUAUGGCCAAAUGGAAAAAACCAAGUUGCCACCCAGUGCAUUACACAAGUACAUGAUGAACGUGACUUGGGAUGGCAGAGAUUUGUCCUUCACCGAGGAUGGUUACCAGGUGCAUCCCAAACUGGUUGUGAUCGUGCUGAACAAGGACAGAGAGUGGGAAAAGAUGGGCAAAUGGGAGAACCAGAGUUUGACUUUGAAAUAUCCUGUGUGGCCUCGCUUCAACUCUUUUGGUGAUGCGGAGACAGAUGACAAUCACCUGACCAUUGUAACUCUAGAGGAAAAGCCUUUUGUCAUUGUGGAGAAUGUGGAGCGCCUGACAGGCACCUGCAUGAGAAACUCUGUGCCCUGCCGCAAACACAUCAAAGACAACACCACUGAGGGAGGAGGAACGUACAUUAAAAAGUGCUGCAAAGGCUUCUGCAUUGACAUCCUCAAGAAAAUCGCUCGGAAUGUGAAGUUCACCUAUGACCUUUAUCUAGUGACCAACGGGAAGCAUGGGAAGAAGAUCAACAACAUGUGGAACGGCAUGGUGGGAGAGGUGGUGUACAAAAAAGCAGUCAUGGCCGUGGGCUCCCUGACAAUCAAUGAGGAGCGCUCAGAGGCCAUCGAUUUCUCCGUCCCCUUCGUGGAAACAGGGAUUAGUGUGAUGGUAUCCCGUAGCAACGGAACCGUCUCUCCAUCAGCGUUUUUAGAGCCCUUCAGCGCGUCUGUGUGGAUAAUGAUGUUUGUGAUGCUGCUGCUGGUGACUGCAAUGGCUGUCUUCAUGUUUGAGUACAUCAGCCCCCUGGGCUUCAACAGGAACCUCGCUCAGGGCAAAGACCCCCACGGACCAUCCUUCACCAUGGGGAAAGCAGUGUGGCUGUUGUGGGGCCUGGUAUUUAACAACUCUGUGCCUGUGCAAAACCCUAAAGGCACCACCAGUAAAUUCAUAGUGUCCAUCUGGGCCUUCUUCGCUGUCAUCUUCCUGGCCAGUUACACUGCCAACCUGGCUGCCUUCAUGAUCCAGGAGGAAUUUGUGGACCAAGUGACAGGUCUAAGUGACAAAAAGUUUCAGAGUCCCUACUCCUACUCCCCUCCUUUCCGCUUUGGAACGGUUCCAAACGGCAGCACAGAGAGGAACAUCCGUAAGAAUUACCCUGACAUGCACCAGUACAUGGUGAAGUACCAUCAGUCCGGGGUGAACGAUGCGCUGGUCAGCUUGAAGACUGGCAAACUGGAUGCCUUCAUAUAUGACGCAGCUGUGCUGAACUACAUGGCCGGUAGGGAUGAGGGGUGUAAACUAGUGACCAUUGGUAGUGGCUACAUCUUUGCUACCACUGGCUACGGCAUCGCCCUGCAGAAAGGGUCGGCCUGGAAGCGCCCGGUGGAUCUGGCCAUUCUGGCUAUUAUUGGAGAUGGUGAGAUGGAGGAGUUGGAGGCUCAAUGGCUGACUGGGAUCUGCCACAAUGAGAAAAACGAGGUAAUGAGCAGCCAGCUGGAUGUGGACAACAUGGCUGGAGUGUUCUACAUGCUGGCGACUGCCAUGGGUCUCAGCCUCAUUACCUUUGUCUGGGAGCACCUGUUCUACUGGAGACUCAGAUACUGCUUCACUGGCAUCUGCUCGGGCAAACCUGGCCUGCUUUUCUCCAUCAGCAGGGGUAUAUGGAGUUGCAUUCAUGGUGUUCACAUCGACAUGAAGAAAAAGUCAUCUGACCUGGACUUCAGUCCACAGUCCAACAUGCUUAAGCUUAUCAAGUCCGCGAAGCAGAUGACUAAUAUGACCAACCUCAGUGGCUCCAGGAUCAACUCUCCUAAACGUGGAGGUGAGUUUAUGCAUUCGGCGAGCCCCAUGAUCAUGGACAUGAUGGCAGAGAAAGGGAACUUCAUCUACACUGACAAUCGUAGCUAUGCCCAAAAGGACAUCUAUGGAGACUCCAGCGACUUACAGGCGUAUCUGGCAAACCGCCACAAGGACCAUCUGAACAACUACAUCUUCCAAGGUCAGCAUCCCCUCACCCUCAAUGAAUCAAACCCUAAUACUGUAGAGGUGGCGGUGAGUGCAGACACAGCCCAGACCAAUGCAAAACCCCGAGCUCUGUGGAAGAAAUCUGUGGAUACUUUGCGUCAAACUCAGGGGCCUGAUACCCUAGACCCCCGUUUGUCCAUGAAGAGUCAGAGGUACCUGCCAGAGGACACGGCACACUCGGAUAUCUCCGACUGCUCAAGCAGGGCCACCUCCUACAAGGAUCCAGACAAUAACAAGCACCUGAAGUCCAAGGAUAACUUAAAAAAAAGAUCGAUGACGUCAAAAUACCCUAGGGAUUCCAGCGAAGUAGAGCUGUCCUACUUAAAAAAUAAGCAGGGCGGAGCGGGCCGAGAGAAAAUAUACACCAUAGACUCUGACCGGGAGCUGAGUCUGCACUCAGAGUCACAGCACUACAGGGAAGGCAGAGGCCUGACAACUGACGAUUUGGAUUUUGGCGAAAUUUAUUCAGACCACAAUGACAAUUACAGGAAAUGCGACCAGCCCAUCAUCCAUCUCAACAGCAGCCCCCUACAUCAUAGUGACUCGGACCUUCUGCCGGACAGCGUCUACAACAAACACUACAGCAUGAAGGAGAAGAAUCUCAGUCCUCACGAAAGCAACGACCGGUUCAAACAGACUCAUUGCCGGAGCUGUCUUUCUAAGGUAAACAACUACAGCACUGGGCCUUACGCUGCCCUACGCUCACCGUAUAACCGGUGCGAGGCAUGCAUCCACAUGGGCAACCUGUAUGACAUUAGUGAGGACCAACUGCUGCAGGAGGCUAUGAUCAGCCCUGGCAUGCACCACGAUGACACGUUUAGCCACUACUGGCCUCAGACGGAUGGGCCACACGUACAGAGGAGGAACAGACUGAGGCUCAGCCGUCAGCACUCCUUUGACAAUAUCAUGCUUGAGAAGCCCAAAGAAAUUGACCUGAACCGGCCGGCGCGGAGCGUCAGCCUAAAGGAGAAGGACCGCUUCCUGGAGGACAGCCCUUAUGCAAACAUGUUUAACAUCAAGGCUGACAAACUAUUCGGCAGCAGGUCCAUGCUCUUUAACCGAAACCUGGAGGAAAGCAAGCGUAGUAAGUCACUUUACCCUGAUCACCCCUCGGACAACCCCUUCAUGCAAUCUAUACGGGAUGACACUCGCCUGGUCCACGGCAGGAGCUCCUCGGAUAUUUACAAACAGUUGGCUCCCAUCAAAACUAGGAACGAGAACAAUCUGAGGUCCUCUGUGAAGUCCACCACUUCAUACUGUUCCAGGGAUGGUCGAAUACCCAAUGACAUGUACAUUUCAGAGCAUGUAAUGCCUUAUGUAGCCAACAAGACUAGUGCAUACUCAGCUCCCCGGGUUCUCAACUCUUCGCAGUUUAGCAAUAGACGAGUAUAUAAGAAAAUACCUAGUCUCGAGUCAGAUGUUUAAUGCUUUUUUUGUGUAGUUUAACUAUUUACUCACUUAGAAUGCCACAGUCACCUACAUCUACAAAGUACCCGAGAUACCGCUCUUCUUAUACGAGAGCUUUCCAGAGGUUUUCAGCAUUUUAAGAUUCCUUCUGGGCAGGUAUCUGCAGAAAGAGAGUUAGUCAAGUGUAAGCCAAUAAAAUGUGAUCCAGCAUGGAAGUUGUUAAUUAUCCCCAACACUCGGCCUAGUGCUAAUGUGUGCUCAAAACGUUGAGUGCUAGUGCAGAUGUGCCGCUUCAAGUCCGACCUGAAGCUGUGGUGGACUGAAGCAGAUCCUAGGGUGGGGUUUCAGGUAUUUGGCCCCACGUUGCAUGUGACAAGACCGUAUAUGUAUCUGGACUGUGGCUGGAAUAGUUCCUGAUCUUAAGGCAAGCAAGGGUAUUUCAUCCAUGGCACUCAGCAAUUGCAUUGUUGCUUUUAUUACUAUAGACUUGGGAUUUUUGGCAUUCUAAUCCCUAUUUAGAAUUUAGACUCUUCUCUAUCUUAUUUGGUAGCACAAUAAUCAUUAGUUAACCGCCCACCUCUGCUUUAUAAACAGAACUUCUAUAUUCCUGUCAGGAAUAGAUUUCUUUUGCAUGUGUGUUUCUUUUCUUGUCUUAUUUCGGUUGAAGAUAUACUUGCAUAAAGGUGAUUUCGUUCGACAGCUGAGGUGGUCAUCUGUGCAAUGAAAACUUGAUCUGUAUGUAGGUUGUUCGACUGGGAAUAUUGUGUUGAUCUUCCAUUUCCAGAUUGUGGGGAAGUUUUUGCGAUGGAAGUUUGUCUCACAUUUAUUUCGUUCAAAACUUCCAUCUGUCACUGUACACUGUGAAACCGAAUCAGAGCAUCACCUCUCGAAGACUGUUGUUUACUGUAGUUUGGCGGAGCUGUUGCGAUCCACUCAUUAAGUUUAACGAGGGCCGCUUGUGAAGCUUGAAGUCUGAACUAGAACAUUGGUUUUCUGUUGCAGUCUGUAACACGAUCAACACCCUAUUCGCAUUGAGGACUACCACGCAAGACCUUUGUUCUGCAGACCUGUUACUAAACUUUAUACUGUACAGACACACUCAAUGAACUCCAUGCAAUGUGAAUCAGAACACAUAGCCAAAUCGUGUAUUAGAUCAAAUACCUCAGGAUGGUUCUGUGUCAUUUUGUGUAACGUUUUCUCUACACCACCUAAAGGCACAUUCACAUUGCAUUUUGGCAUGUUUUCCUCCACUCCACUGUGGUUGUCCGAGGACUUCCACUGCAGUUGCAUUUAGAGAGAGGAUCUUUCAGCCAUCUUUGAAAUCAGCUUUUAUGUUUACGACUCCAACGUUUGUUGGAAAACAGGAUGUGUAUCCACAUGAACGUGUUGUAUGACUGCUCUAGCAGCUUCCGCUCUCAUACCAGACUUGCUUUCUUUGUACUUCCUCAAUAAUGUGACAUAAUUCACUGUACACUUAUUUUGAAUAUGUCAUCACUAUCAUAAUCAUGAAUACAUUCAUCAUAUGAAGUGCUGCUUUAAGAAGCUAAUGUGCACAUGCACAUGUAAAAUAUCAAAGUCUUGUAAUCAUAUAUGCCAUACAUAGUUUUUACUCUUUGCAACUUGUUUUUCAGUUAUUUUUUCACCCUUGUAAUAACCCCAGUCUUUAAGGAAAAUGUAUUUUGAUUACAUGAACAUGAAUUAUAAUAAUGGCAUGCAACUCAAUUGUAACUCUUCCUAUGUUUUUGUUAUGAUGUUAUAUCACAAAUUAUUUGUAACAGGGUGCAAAUAUAGCAUAUAUAUGGAAAGAAAAUGAUCCUUCAUAUUGCAGAGCUGCUGUUUUGGGGAAAAAAGCAAGGUAUUAGCCUCUAGUAUUAAUCACAGAGCCACAUCUGCAUUGAUUUUGUAUCCUUUGUGAGGCGAGGUGAAUAUCCUUGCUCUUCCUCGAUUGGCAGGUGAAAACAUCACCAGCUACGCUCUCUGUAUCUUACCUGUCACAUAUAGCCAGACUUAACCUGUAAAGAGAGAGAGAAAAAAGUCCUUUUCAGGUCUGCUAUCCCUCCAAAGAUAUGACGUCUUCUUGAUUUUCUCUAUUAUCUAUGGUUUGCUGUAAGAAUAGAGCUUUUUUAAUUCCUCAAAGACUUAGCAACUAUUUUGAAUAUAUGACACUUGUAAAUUUGCUUGUAAAUUCAUACUCAAAUAAUUCAUGAAAGUUACGAAGAUACAGAGUAAACAAUAUUUUUUGUGUGGGUUUCACAGGUCUGUACAGUAGCACUCAUUUUCUGUAGCGUACGUACGAAAAAUGACAUCACUCACAAGUCAAAAUGUCACCUUACGAGAUUUCAAAGUCUCCAUGCAGUUUGUUAUCAGGGAUUGUAGCCCUGCAGUUUUUUAAGCUUGAAGAUUUCGGGGCUGGGGUGCGGGUUGGGGGUUGGGACUACAGGUAUUGCGGCAGAUUUUUUCCUAAGUAAAUACUGUCAAUCCACUUGAAGUUGAGCUUGGAUCAAGCGUGCCUACAGAUCGAUGUGAGGAGAACUGGCCUCUUUGGUUCAUAGACAUGGGCCGUCGUGAGACUGCAGGGUACGAAUCCAUCCUGCUCAUGGACCAAAGCUCUGUGGCCACCCUGGCAUGUCGUUCAGGCCGCCAAACUUCUGGGACUUUUACACAGAAACAUCUUGAAAACCAAAAUGUACUUUUUACAUCAUCGUUCUGUAUUUGUCGAAGGUUAUCGGAGGCGGUCGGGUGGAACAGCACAGGUCAGGUAUUGAUUGCAAAUAGAUACAGAUGAACUGUGUGGAAUUAUUUUAUGUAGCAGUUUUUGGCUAGGCAAAAGCCAUCUAUAGUUUAUUAAAAAAUCUAUUAUAUUUUUGGUUUUAUUUACCUCUCAUAGAAUAAUACACAAAUGUGAAUUUAACGUAGCUCAGAUGCCGAUUAUUUCCAUAAGACGAGCUAGACUAGGCAAAGUACUGUAGUUCAGUUUCUAAAAGUCAGUAAGCGAGGAUUUUUAAGUCAGAAAAAAAUUUGUACUUUCUCAAUUACACCUUAAACGCUAGUUAAGGGAUAAUCUGUUUCAUCCUUCACGUUUGUUACGCUCCACUUCUUUCAGCAGAGAUGUGUGUUUUUGUACAUUUAUCCAUGGAUCGUAAAGAGAGGGAGUUUUUGGAUCAGCGGCUAAAGGCGCUCAGUCCGUAUGCUGAAUAUUUACACUUUAAAAGUCUUUUCAGAUAACAGAGAUGCCUCCAUCACCACGUGUUUGUCUUUUAUAAAAACCCAUUAGAC